AUGACUAGUUUUGAAACUAAACAUCGCUUGGUGGUGAUGACCGAUUCCACAAAGAAUUACCACAAGGUCAGAUUUGCAGAUGAUUUGAAAGAGUUGGAAAACACCGAGGUUACAAUUUUCGAAAUCGACAAAGCGGGUAAAGAGAAACCCAGUUUCCCACAUGUCUUUGAAUACAUUCAUCUUUUGGUCAGCUACGAAGAAAGGAGAUGGGAUCCCUUGACCAAAUUUAUUGAUUUCCUCAAGAACAACUCCAGCCUUCUUACAGACCACACAAGUGUUGGAUGUCACAUUUUCUUCAAACCGGGCAAGAGUUGGAAAGAUCACACUGCUACCGACAAGACGCAAUAUAAAAAGUUUAUGUCAAGUCUAGAGGAGAUUUGUGGAUCGAAAGUUGCUCAUUUGUCAUUUAUUGACAAGUUUAGUAACGAGGAUCUGGGCCCCAAAGCAGACGAAGAAAUCAAACAGGAUGUUGAGCCUUGGAAGAAUUUGAAGCAUUUAGAUUACACCGCUAGUGGUCUUGAUUCGUUUCCUGCUGAUGUCAAAUAUCCAGAGUCAUUGGAAUCAUUAAAUAUAAGCGGGGAUUACUUUUUGAGUCUGUUGGAGACUAUGAAGUUUCCACCUAAAUUAAAGAAAUUUGAGGCCGCUGAAGGUGCUCUUGUGUACCUUGACAGGGUUGAGUUCCCCAACACUCUUGAAACCUUGGAUUUACUGGGUAAUAAAAUGUAUGUAUUGGAUGGAAUCCCCUUGCCCAUAUCAUUGACUGAUCUUGAUGUUUCCUGCAACAGAAUCGAUACCUUAUCUGGCGUUAGAUGGCCACCAAAACUUGAAUCACUUAGUAUCGCGAUGAACCCUAUUGAAACUUUGAAGGGUGUCUAUUUCCCUCCUCUGUUGAAGAUCUUAGACGCCAGCUCUAUUCCCAAUGAUGCAAUGGUUGGUGUCAAACUUCCCGACCAGCUUGAAGUAUUGAAUCUCCAGUCAGCAAUGACAGCCCCUCGUGGAUUGAAGGUUCCCCCACACGUCAAGAAUUUGGUUUUGUCUGAAGAUGGUGUCACCAGCAUCAACACGUUGAAGUUGCCCAACAGCAUUGAGACAUUGUAUUUAAACAGCAACAAAAUCAAAACUUUAAACAAGGUUCAAUUCCCUACAAGUCUUAAGGAAUUGUAUUUGGGUGAUAACCUCUUGACAACGUUGAAAAAUGUUGUGUUUCCAGAUUCCUUGGAGAUCCUUGAUAUUGAGAACGACCCAGAGUCUUUUGAUAACGAGAAGCAAAUCAUAACGUUGAGGGACGUCAAUCUCCCACCGAAUUUGAAGAUUUUGAAGCUAGGGUACCAAGGUAUUAGGAUUCUCGAGAACUAUGAGUUCCCAGACAGUUUGACCCAAUUGAGUUUGACUUACAAUGACAUGAAAUCAAUACGGAGUAUCAAGUUUGGACAGAACUUGAAGAUCCUCGAUUUGAGUGGUAAUCCCGAACUUAAAUCACUCGAGAAUGUUCAGAUACCAGAGUCAGUUACCGAGUUGCGUAUUCCUGAGGAGAUGGUUCCCAACUUGCCCGCUGACAUUGUCAACAGAGCAAACAAAGGCAGCCUAAUAUUGAAAAAGAUUCAUACCGAUCUUGCGGUCUAUGAUGGUCCUCUUUUCGAUGAACCUUUUGGAGUUUUUACAAGUGAGGAUGUUCAAAAGGCGUUGGCAAAGAAAAAAGAAGAAAGAAUCGCCAGGUUUGGUAGAGCUGAAUAG